AUGGCCGAGGCCGACGAAGAUGCUGAAAAUACGUUAAAUACGGGACUGGAUAGUGGCCAAGUGAGUAAUCAAAAUAUAGAAGAGGACGUUAAUAGUCAGGUAGGCGUGAAAUCAUCAAGAUAUUUGACUUUGAAAAGCAGAAAAAAGGCAGCAAAAUGUAGACUAACUAAGGCGAGAAAUCACAUUGACGCGAUGACCACAGGACACCCAAGUUCUAAGACAGAAAUUAGACGAGCAAUAAAGAAAGUGAUUGCGGAACGAGACAUUGUUGAAAAAUUAAUCCAGGCAUUAAAAGAGACAGUCACAUUAAGUGAAGACGAGACAUUGGAAGGGAUUGAAAUUGAUAAUGUUAUUGAAAACUUAGACCAGGAACUCUUGGAAAUUUUAGAUUUAGUGGACACUAGUGUCCAGGCUGCUAAUGAGCAUAUCCGAGAGCGAUUAUUGAAGGGCGAAAAUGAAUCGGACUCGUCAACAAUAAAAUCAAGUAAAUCAUCUGUGAAAUCAAACAUAACCAGUUCCUCAAAUGAUAAGAUCCCAAAGUCAGUGAAAGAGGACUCAAUUGUUGAAGUUCGAGAACAAGAAGCAAGGGAUGCUAAUGAACGACUAGAAAAAUUAGAGGAAGAGCAGAGAUCUCUAGAGGAAGAAAUGCGAAAGAAAGCAGAUGAAGUUGAACUCAAUCGAAAAAGAGUCGAGGAUGCACGAUCCAUUGCCCUUUUAAAUGAAACAAGGGCGAGAGCAUACAGCAAGAAUAGCAAAAAGGCAACAUCUGUGACGGACGAUCCGGAACCUCUUAAAAUGUGCCUACCUCGUCCUAAUCCCGAUCCCCCAUCUUAUACACGAGUGAAACUAAAAGGCGUAGAGCUGCGAAACUUCUCUGGAGAUGAUAAAACCGAUUUCGAGGCGUGGAACGCGGCCUUCACAUCAGUUGUUGAUGAGACCAACAUGCCAGUAAAGGAGAAAAUGCUACGGCUGCAGAACUGCCUGAAAGGAAAAGCGUUAGAGACGGUCAAGGACCUUGGAUUCACUCAGCAUGCGUACGAGAGAGCGAAAGAAAAGUUACAACGCAAGUAUGGUGGUAAACGUAGACAGACCCUGACACAUUUGGCAGCCUUAAGAGCACUACCCAAAGUACGACGCCAUAACCUGGAAGAAUUAGAAACCUUGUUGUCAACGUUAGACCGUAUUCUUAUCGCAUUACAAGACGAUGAUCGUGGUGAUGAUGAAAUUAGAAGUCAGCACCUUUGCUUAACAGUGAAGGAAAAACUCUCAGUGGAAUACGUCAGAGAAUACAAGUAUUGGUUAAAUGAGCGGGAUGAAGAUGAUGAUUUUAAAAUGCUGGUCCAGUGGAUCGAGAGGCGUGUUUGCAUCAUGGAUGAGGCUAAGGAAGAAACGGAAGAAUUCGUCAAAGCGUACCAUGGAGGACGACGUCAUAAUCAAGGCUUUAAUACAGAUAAGAAAGUUAGGAAAUGUAUCGUUAUGAAUUGCGACGCUGAUCAUCCGCCUUGGGUUUGUCCAGAAUUUAAAAAGCUCCCUGUAGCUACACGAAAUCAACUAAUAGCUAAAACAGGACGGUGCUUCUCUUGUCUAGCGGCUGGUCACCGAAGUAAGCAGUGUGGCAGAAAGAGAAAAUGUGGAGUCAGCGGAUGUGAAAGUAAAGGACAUAGCAGCUUGUUACACGACCCUGAGAGAAUGGAAAAACAGAAUGAAGAUAAUGACAACAACAAAGAUCAGACCAAUCCUUCAAUUGGAGGGACAGAUGCAAGAACCUAUACGACAAACCGAGUUGAACAAAUAUCAUUGAUGGUUCUCCCAGCAACUGUCGAAAUUGGCGGCAAGAAGAUAAAAAUCAAUGUUAUGCUGGAUCCUUGCUCCACGGGAUCAUACGUCACCGAAAGCCUAGUGGGAGAAUUGCACUUGAAAGGAGAAAAACAGGAUUUGACCAUAUCAGGAACUGGUGGGACGGAGAUUAAGAGACAGUCGAAACGUGUAAAGUGUGUGAUCACAUCCGUCAAUGGAACCUUCUCAUCGCCUGUGGAAGCAAAUGUGUUAACUAACGUAACGGGGAACACGCCGGCAAUUGAGUGGAACGAAUUAAAGGGCAAUUGGGCACACUUGGAGACCAUCCCAUUUGAAAGAGUUUCAAAGCGAAAGCAGAUCGAUGUUUUAAUCGGAAGCGAUCACCCAUUGGUGAAUGGUAUUUAUUCCAUAAAGUAUUAA